AGCGGCGAAUGCACCGGCCAGACAUUUUCGAUCGAACGAUUGUCCCGAAUAAGCACCUCGUCACAAAUGCACGACGUUCGAGUAUAGAGAGAAAGCACCAAUGACGUUAAUUCGCCUGUCGAAAUGCCCGAAAGCUGAUUACAUAAGCCAUCAAGUUCCAACUCCGCCAUCAGAGGGCCAAGGAAGAGUUGAUAUAAAGUUGACAGCUCGAACGAAGCAUACUUCACUUUUGCGCAUCCCGCGCCUCAAUGAAUGCUACCCUCGAGCCCCGAACCAGUGCAAGCUUUUGAAAUGAGUGUAUGAGAGGGCGCAUAUAAAACGGGAGGCUCGUCCCAUCCCCCCCUCACUGUUUCUGGUUCCCUAACACAUUUUGGCUCACGGUGACUUAUCGUUGAUCGAAAAGUUCACUUGAAAUCUGUUCAUACCUAGUAUUCAGAAUCUAAGUAGCCGCAAAUUCGCAUCGCUGGUAGCAUCAUGAAGUUCUUUUCUCUGCUUGUAGCCGUCUGCACUGUUCAAUCGGUGUUGGCCGCCCCUGCCUUGACGCCCCGUCAGGCUACUUGCCCCGACUGCGACCCCGCUUCGGGCUUGAACCGAUGUGAUGCGACUACAACCUGCAUCUCUCCCGGUGUCAGGAGCCUUGGCGAGAAAGGCUUCUGUGCCUGCAGAGAUGGAUUCAAGGCUAGUGCUCGCAACGGCAACACUGCCACCCACUGGCGAGUCAGCCGUGGCAGCAGCCGUGUGUACGUAUCACCCGGCACUGUUUGCAACACUGUCUGUAGCUCGAGGCGCUGUUCUGAGGUCCAUGUCAACACACUCAAUGUGUGUAAGAGGGAGGCAUCCACCUCCAGCUCUAGCACGCCAGUGGCCUCCUCCACGUCUCCUGCCGCACCCACGGCUGCACCAGCUGGCGGAGUCGCUGCUACCACAAACGCUGCUGUACUGGAAACGCAAUCCAUUGCUGCCGCUGCGUCUUCGGCUGCUGCUGCUGCAUUGUCCACUGCAGAUGCUGAAGUGUCGUCCGCAAUUGCUGCUGCUCUCACCGAGAUUGCCGCAGCCGCUUCUACCGAGAUUGCAGCUGCUGAAUCUACAGCGGCCGCACAGUACACCGAGGUAGUCGCGAGCGCGGCUGCCAUUUACACCGAGGCCGUUUCCACCGCAGCUGCCAUUGAAGCGAGCGCUCUUGCGGCAGCCACCAGCGAUGUUGCUGCGGCCGCCACUCAAGUUGCUGCCAUCGAAUCAUCCGCCGCCGCUGCCUACACCGAAGCAGUCUCCAGUGCUGCUGCAGCUGCUUCAAGCAUCGCGGCCGCCGCGGUUACCGACGAAGCUGCGGUCGCUUCCACUGCGGCUGCUGCAUUCACUGAGGCAGUCUCCGCUGCCGCUGCCAUUGAAUCGAGCGCCUUUGCUGAGGCAACCAGCAUCGUUGCCGCUGCUGAAACUCAGGCUGCUGCUAUCGAGUCGUCCGCCGCUGCUGAAUUCACUGAGGUCGCCUCCAGCGCGGCAGCUGCUUUCACUGAAGCUAUUUCUGACGCGGCUCAGGUUGCUUCGAGCAUCAUUGCCGCGGCUUCAACGGCUGCCGCCGAAGAGCCUGUGUUUACUAUCCCCGUAGAGCCUUUCACCAGCGAGCCCACCGCUUCCGCCGAAGUGCCUGUCUUCACCCUCCCGCUCUUCACCGCUGAAAAUACGGCCGCUGCCGAGGAGACAUCCGCCCCCGAAGUGCCGUCUCAACCCGGUGCCACCACGCUUACCUUCAUUGAGCCCGCUGCAACCAAUGGCGUUUAUAUUCCUGAGAUUUCUGCAACCAUCCCGGUCGAUCAGGACACCACGAUCGUCUUUUACAACACUGUCACCGCCACCGACGGCGCUCCACCCGCUGUGGAGACGACUCUCGUCAUCGUGGAUGCUCCUUCUACCUCGACCGCCGGAGAACAGGGUUCACCUGCUGUAGGCACAUCUAUCGUUCAGAUCCCUGGUGCCAUCACCUUGACGCUCCUCGAACCUGCACCCGCAACCACCGCUGCUGCCGGCGGCGACGAACCUGCUGCCUCCGCUACAGUCAUCGUCAUCGUUGAGCCUGCACCUACUACCACUGAAGAGGUCGCUUCUGAAGACACUACUGCACCUGCCGCCUUCCCGAUCGCCACCAUCGGACCUAUUCCCGCGACUCUCUCAGCUCCUGCAUCUGAAGAGACCACAGUGGUGAACGAGGAAGUACCAGCUCAGACAACCGAGGUGAUUCCGGCUCCUGGGACGACCACCGAGAUCAUCGUCAACCCCGUCUUUGCUUCCACCACCGAAGGCUCCUCUCCUGAAGAAACGGAGCCUGUGGCUGUCGCAACUACCGUUGUCGUUAUCGAGCAACCUGAGCCUACGACCGCUGCUGCCGAGGAAGGAACCACUCUUCAGAUCAUUCCCACGGACGCGGUUCUUACAAACGGAGCGGAAAUUCCUUUGACUGCAACGUAUCUUCCCCCCGCUGCCGAAGCGACCAGCAUCCCUGAAGCUGAGGUUACCACCGAAGCUGUAAUCAUUAACCCCGUUCCGCAGACCACCAUCGUUCGCCCCGGUCCCGCUACCGUUGGCUCCGUUGCGGUACCCGGGGAGACAUCCGAGGCGGCUUCCGCUGGAGAGACCACUGCGGCCGCUGCUCCCGAAACCACCACCGAGGCCGUCGUAGUUGAGCCAGCACAAAGCACCAAUGCCGUCGAGGCCACUAGUGAGGCUCCAGCUGAACCUGCCGCAUCCUCGGUUAUCAUUGGAAGCUCCACGUUCGCUUUGACCAAGCCUGCAACUAUCCAAGCCACCUCGACCGUCGUCGCCACGCGCCCUGCGGCGACCACUGAGGCUACUGCUCCGCAGGGUACAUCCAAGCCCGCCACGUCUAAGCCCGCUACAUCGAAGCCCGCCACGGCCAAGCCCGCUACAUCCAAGCCCGCAACGUCGACUCGCGCGGUCACUCCCGCCAGCAGAACCUCUUCGCCUCUCGUGAGCCCCACCCCUCUCGCCCUCCAAUGCCCCACCUGCCAACCCGACGGCAACGUUGCUGCCUGUGAUGACACGGCUGCUUGCGUGCGUGUGAACAAGAAGAACGUGUGCGCUUGCCCCUACGGAUACAAGGCGAGCCAGAAAAACUCCGACUUGGCCAGCCAGUGGCGUAAUACUGUUGCCGACUCGAUCGUUCUGGUCGCUCCGGGAGUCUCUUGUGAGACUCGCUGCUCUGGUUCGGGCAAGAACAGGUGCAAGGAAGUCGCUGUCAAGAAGUGCGUCUAAGGAAAACAUAUCGUGACUUGGAAAGGAUUGUAUGAAGUUGACGGAUUAUGGAGAGCAUGU